AUGGAGCUCAGGGAGCCCGAGAACCAUGAGGAUGGGGACCCAGAGGAGGACACAGCUACAGCCCUCCAGCGGCUCGUGGAACUGACAGCCACCAGGGUGACCCCAGUGAGGAAUCUACGUGUCCCGUACCGCCUCAUCCGAGAGCUCGGCUCUGGCUCCUAUGGCCGCGUACUCCUUGCCCGGCCUCGCCAAGGAGGACCUGCUGUGGCCCUGAAGGUACUUCGUCGGGAUUCGGUCCUGAGGACCACCUUCCUGAGAGAGUUCUGUGUGGGCCGCUGUGUCUCUUCACACCCAGGCUUACUGCAGACUCUGGCAGGACCCCUGCAAAGCCCCCGACACUUCGCCUUCGCCCAGGAGUACGCGCCAUAUGGGGACCUCAGCGGGAUGCUGAAGGAACGGGGCCUCCCAGAGCUGCUGGUGAAGCGGGUGAUGGCCCAGCUGGCUGGAGCCCUGGACUUCCUCCAUGGCCGGGGGCUCGUCCAUGCAGAUGUCAAACCAGACAACGUGCUGGUCUUUGAUCCUGUCUGCAGCCGUGUGGCCCUAGGUGACUUGGGUCUGACCCGGCCCGAGGGCAGUCCAACCCCUGCCCCACCAGGGCCACUACCCUCUGCUCCACCCGAGCUCUGCCUCCUGCUGCCACCUGAGACCCUGCCCCUGCGACCAGCUUUGGAUUCCUGGGGCCUGGGGGUGCUUCUCUUCUGCACUGCCACCGCCUGCUUCCCUUGGGACGUGGCACUGGCCCCGGACCCCGAGUUUGAGACCUUUGCUGGUUGGAUGACCACCAGGCCCCAACCCCCUCGGCCACCCCCCCCUUGGGACCAGUUUGCUCCCCCAGCUCUGGCAUUGCUCCAGGGGCUCCUAGACCUGGAUCCUGAUACUAGGAGCCCCCCACUGGUUGUCCUGGACUUCUUGGGGGACGACUGGGGGCUAGAGAGGAACAGAGAGGGACCUGGGGGCUUGGGGGGCAUGUCUAGUGAAGAUGGGGAGGAGGAGGAAGAGGGGGGAGCAAGCCUGGAGGAGUGGACAGAUGAGGAGGAGGAAGAGGACAAAGAUGGCAGGAGGAUGGGGACAGAUGGGGGAUCUCCCUGA